AUGGCCUCUCAGAAGAAUGGGAGCGCGUUCCGUGGGGGCAAAAAGAUGCUGUGGAUGUUGAGGAAGAGAGGAUGUGUCAAAGAAGAAUGGGAGCGUGUUCCGUGGGGGCAAAAAGAUGCUGUGGAUGUUGAGGAAGAGAGGAUGUGUCAACGGGGAAGUUUGCUCCCGGCAGGGAAAUCACAAACCGUUGGAGGAUUUCACGUCAACUUGGGAAAGGAAUCGCGGGCGCAGACUCUGCAAAAUGGAAAACGUCAGAUCCAUCAUCUCGGAAACCAGCUCCAGCUUAACCAGCACUGCCUCGACACCGCCUUUAACUUUUUCAAGAUGGCGGUGAGCAAGCACUUGACCCGGGGGCGGAAGAUGACCCAUGUCAUCGCCGCAUGUCUGUACUUGGUGUGCAGGACUGAAGGAACUCCGCACAUGCUCCUUGACCUCAGCGACCUCCUUCAGGUGAAUGUCUACGUGCUAGGAAAAACUUUCCUCUUGUUGGCCCGAGAGCUCUGUAUAAACGCUCCUGCUAUAGAUCCCUGCUUAUAUAUUCCUCGUUUUGCGCAUAUGCUGGAGUUUGGGGAUAAGAACCACGAGGUCUCCAUGACGGCCCUGAGGCUGCUGCAGCAGAUGAAGAGGGACUGGAUGCACACGGGGCGCCGGCCGUCGGGCCUUUGUGGAGCAGCUCUGCUGGUUGCGGCAAGGAUGCACGAUUUCCGGCGCACUGUGAAAGAAGUCAUCCGGGUGGUUAAAGUUGGCGAGUCUACAUUAAGGAAAAGGUAG